CUACGGCUGAACAUGCUGUUGAACUUUCACCAGCAUGAACAGCAGCUAUAAUUAUCAGUACUUCGCCGCCCAUGCAGGAUCUCACACAACCUCAACGUGUACAUCGGUGCUGUCGUUCUGUUCAAAUGGCUACGAAGUCAAAGCUAGCCCAGAUUUCUUUGAUAUUUGCCUGCGGUACUGCUCUAUUCUCUGACGGAUACGCUAGUGGUGUGAUCGGAAGUGUGAACACCAUCCUCAGGCGUACUUACGGCGCAGACAAUGUCAACGCUCACAACUACAGCAUUGUCUUGACGAGUCUUUCUUUUGUCGGAACGAUAAUUGGAAUGUUGACAUUCGGUUAUCUGUCUGAUAAGAUGGGGCGCAAAUUUGGAAUGAUGGCAGCAACUGGAAUCAUAGCCGUAUUCUCUGCCCUCUCCGCUGCGUCCAGCGGUGCACAUCAUAGUCUGCACGGCUUGCUUUCUAUGCUCAGUGUAUGUCGUCUCUUUCUUGGAAUUGGUAUCGGUGCAGAGUAUUCUAGCGGCUCAGUUGCUGCAUCCGAGCAGUCCGAAGCGGAGGGUAUCGGUAACAGACUCCAGCAUGGGUGGUUCGUGCUCGCUACCAACACCAUCAUUGACUUCGGUUUCGUGAUAGCCGCAUUUGUCCCCCUGGUGCUUUUCUGGAUCUUUGGGGAUAACCACCUCCGUGCCGUAUGGCGACUCUCGCUUGGCCUGGGUGUCGUCCCCGCAUUAGCCCUAUUCAUUUGGCGACUGAGGAUGGACGAGCCGACACAUUACAAGAGGAACUCUAUGGCUAGUUCCAAGGUUCCUUAUUGGCUCAUCCUCAAGCGCUAUUGGAUACCUUUUUCAGGUCUGGCAUCCGUCUGGUUUCUCUAUGACUUCAUUGUCUACCCAUUCAAUCUCUACUCCUCAACAGUGGUUGACAGCAUCACCCAUAAUGACGAUUCACUCACUGUUGUCCUUGGCUGGAAUGUUGUCAUCAACUUAUUUUACAUGCCUGGUACCGUGCUUGGUGCAUGCGUAGUUGACUACAUAGGUCCUAAGCGUACCAUGAUAUCUGGUCUCCUUGCUCAAGCUCUCGUUGGAUUCAUUAUAAGCGGUCUCUAUACGCACUUGACAAAACAUGUUGGUGUAUUCGCCGUCGUAUACGGCAUAUUCCUUAGCCUCGGAGAGUUCGGUCCAGGUAAUUGUCUCCCUCUGCUUGGAUCAAAGGCCGGACCCACUGCUGUUCGUGGUCAGUUCUAUGGUACUGCUGCUGCUAUCGGAAAACUCGGUGCAUUUGUAGGUACUUGGGCUUUCCCACCUAUGAUUGAAGCAUUCGGUGGAGCGGCUACCACAAGAGGUAAUACGGGGCCAUUCUGGGUCGGAAGUGGCCUGGCGAUCCUCAGCGCAAUCAUAAUCUUCUUCACGGUCCAACCACUGGACCAUGAUGGCAUACUGAAAGAGGAUGAAGCUUUCCGUGAAUAUCUUGAACAACAUGGCUACAAUACUGCUCAGAUGGGUAUCCUCCAUGACACAGAAUCCAUAGAAACCACGCCGUCGGUUAUAAGAGAAGAGGUUUUGAAGAAAAAGGCGCAAGUGGUCGUUUAGGCGUCUCUUCUCAAUUUGCCUUCAGUUCAUAUUAUAUCCCCUCAUGAACACGAAUUUGCCUGAUAGUCAGUCCCCUAGGAAAUAGCGUUAUUGCCAAACAGUCGCUGUAUUCACCAAUAGAACGUAAUGGUGGUGCAGGAUCCGAAGCGCACGCAAGUUCGUAAACGGACAUGUCAUCCGCAUGAACGGGGUAUUCUAACGUCCCAAAAAAAACCGGGGAGCUAGA